CACAAGAGAGGGGACAGAAGAAGAAUAUUGACAUCUCUGUGAAGGCUGGGUAGUCUGCACUAAAAAUAAGUAAAGGAAGUCGCUGUAUUUGGAAGUUAGGGUUGUUUUCUCAACCGAAGAGGAAUAUUUUAAUGUCGAUUCAAGCGAGCAGGUCGCUACAUUAGAAGUAUUUAGCUUUACGACGACCUGACUGAGGAGAUGCCAUCAGCAGAGGAAUCACAUGGUGGGUUUAACUGACCCGAUUCAGACCAAAUAGACGAUUUCUUUAUGCCAAACAGUCGUGUUAUAUUAUGAAUAACCGCAAUUCAUUACCUCGUUCAGCUGUUCGUCCCAAUUUUGUUGCUUUCAGGUUAUUAAAAAGUUGAAAACACAAACUUUUCUAACCUCCUACCGCGUCAACUGAAUCCUCAAAGAUCAACUCGUCUUAUUAGGUGGAGAAAACUUAAAGCUGCUAGUUUUCCAAGAACCUGUCCAUUCUCAUUUUUAUUUUCAUAUUAGUGCUGUAUUGGAGUUUUGUUCUUGACAUGUGCAGUUGAACCUUUUCUGUCUCUUCUUCGGGAGUCAGUACGAACCAAACAAGUCAGAGUUACAGACCUCAUACAGUAGGGGAGAGUGGGGUAAGAUGAGCCAUUUUUUUAUAUUUCUGAUCACUACAUCAAGGCAAUCAUAGUUUUGACUCUGACUAAUGAAUCUGCAUAUAUUUCAAGAUGCUGUUCAUCCCUGCAAACCAACAGAAUGAGUGUAAACAUAUCUGUCUUGAUAAUAUAGCAUGCCAAAAAAGUAGUCUCCUAUGGUCAACUUACCCCAUGGGGUAAGUUGACCUGGGGUUUUGACCUGGCGUUGUAGCUCAUAGAUACCACCAUUGAUGUAUAAAACAAAUUUAAAUCAAUCUUAUUUGGUCUGAACACAAUUCUAAUAAAACUUCGCAGACUCCAUGAAUUGAUGCCCAUCUCCUAAAUAUUUGGUCACCUGAUCAAUUUCUUUUACCAUUUCCAAGCGACAGGAGGUGGCUCAACUUACCCUUUGGCUCAACUCACCCCACUCUCCCUUAUGUCUCAGUGACAUGUUAUUAUACACAGUUAUGAAGAAACUUGACACAUAUGGUUCUGCUACUUUUGUUCUUCAGGUGUCAACAAAGUUGUGGACAAUAUCGGCAAACUUUCUCCAGAUCUGCUAACAGAAGCAGUGAGUAUUUUUGUAUAUUAUGAGAAAGAAAAUUGCCUAGCCUUUGAACUUUAAAAAAUGAAAUCCUAUCAUCUUAUAAGAUUUGCAUCGAGAUGAAGUCACGGGGGACUAACUUUUUAUACGUCUUCUUAACCAGAAGAUGAGCAUUAAAACAAAACUAUGUUAAUUUUAGAGCAGUAGGAGGCUGUGAUUUCCAUGAGCUGAACAGGAUACGAUGUCAUUGCUGAAGUUCUGAUAACUAAUUUAAUAACCUCCUUCACAGUGUCAACACAUUCUGACUUACCUUCAAGGCCACACUAGAGGAGUAGACUCAGCCGAAAUUUCUGAUGUGAGUCAAAGUUUUUUCAAUAUAUUUCCAAACACACAGUAACCCACCUCUUAAACUUUCACUUUCAUUGCUUGUUUUUGAUUGAAUUUUUCUCCUGGGGCAGAGAUUUCAGAGGGCUGGAGUCAGACUUGAACAUGAAGCUCUACAGAGCAUGAUCCAAUUUCUGUUGUUGACUUUCAGGUAUCAGGUUUCAUCCCUUCACUAUUGCUUCUGGGUUUUAGAUUAGAUUGCUGUUGUUUUUUCUAUUUUUGUGUAGCUUGAUACACUGUAUGUUCAAAUAUUGAUUUAAAAUCUUUUAACUGGAGCAUUUUUAAAUUUCUUUUUUUUUAAUAAUCAGAUUUUAUUGCAUUUUUAAAUUUCAUCCCUGGCUUUUUAGCUUAAACAGUUGGUUUAUCUUGCAUUUGAUAAAAACUGCCCUUUGCCUAAAAAAAACAUGUGAUUGUACCGUAAAUUGCAUUUAAAUCAUCAGGUCGGCUGGGAAGAACAACCUCUCUGCUGAUGAUCUUGUGUCGAGGCUUGAAGAAAGCAAUAACAAGUGGCCUAAAGCUUCUCUUCAAGUGAUGCACAGGUUGUGGGGUGAACACGGUGCGUCAGUCCACACUCAGCAAGAGAUCCACACCAUGCUCAGUAUUAGCCAGGUAUGUCAUUUGUCAGUAUAAUGUGUCAGAGUGGACUUUUCCAUGUUUUCCAUACUUUUCUGUGACUUAAAUCAAGAUUUUCUCUUUUAUGGCUGAAAACUCUUGUUUUUUUUGUCUCUGUUUUGUUUACAGUUAGUGGACAUGCAGUGGAAGCUUGGCAUGGCAGUGAGCUCUGACACCUGCAGAUCUCUUAACUCACCUUAUGUGUCUCUGCUGCUGAAGAUUGUGGAGCCAUCAGGACAGAUUAGUCACAGGUCUUUUGAGAUGACCAUCCCGCAGUUCCAGGUCUGUAUUUGUUGAUGUGAGCUUUAUGCUUUUGGAGUUACAACUGGUAUAAUUUUAAGAUUCUUUUCUUUUUCCUUUUUGGCCCCUUCAGAACUUUCACAAACAGUUCAAGGAGAUGGCUGCUGUUAUGGAGACUGUGUGACGUUUGCAAACACUCCCAGGUGAAUCGUAGUUGUAUUGAAGUUUACAUGUUAACAGCUGGAGAGCAGCUUGAUAUAGAUGUUUGUCUACUUUCAGUCUCUAAAUGUAGACAAAAAUACUGCAGAUGCCUUUGCACUUAACAUUCCUUCCUUGAAUACAUAUGGAAGAGAAAUUGAAAACUUCAGCAUCAAAAUUUCAGCCUGCUGUAACUAAGAAAAAAACACUCCCGCUUAUGUCAGCAAUGCCUGUACUGUAAAACUAAUACUCAAAUUAUGCCUCAUUUGUUACAUGUUCAUUUGAAAUCUAGGUGCAAUAACUUUGCUUUUAUCUUUGCUUCUUUUUUUUUUACUAACUUGCAAAAUUACUACCUAUGUGCACAAUACCACUCUUUAUCUUUCUGUAGUUAAAUUUGGGGUCUAAAAGAGGACGCUAUCUGUACAACACCAUGUUUACCAUCAAGUUUUAUAAUUUCAUGUAAACAUUGCAGAAAAGUUCCUGAUUUCAGAUAAAGAAUUUCCCUUUUUGUGUUUUAUUUGUUUUGCUAAAAUGAGGUCUGUGUGACUGUAAGAAAGCUUUUUGGUCAAUUUCAGUGUCAGUGUUGCAUUAAAAGGGUGCUGUCUGUCUGAUGGAAUAAAAAAAAACCUUUUUUCUGCCUUUUAACUUCUCUAGGUAAGUUGAA